AUGGCCGACGGUCAGGCGGACGAAGGCUACCAGAAGAACCGUGAGCACAAGAGGUUUGAUCGUACCAUCGUCGCCGAAGGUCAGGAUGUACAGACUGCCAGCAUUUCAAGCGAUGUCGAAACAAAUCACAUUACGGCCAAGUCCCUGUCAGACGGCAGACCUUACGCCUGCUCACUAUGCAAACGAGCCUUUCGGAUGGAAGAAAGCCCUCGACAACACUACGGAGCCUCGCAUCCCGGCUGUUUCUACCAGGUAUUCGCACGGACAUGUGACACUUGCAAAAAGUCGUUUUCGAGGAAGAAUGCCCUUGAAGAGCAUCAACGUGUUGAAAAUCAUUGUUAUUGUCACGAAUGUACGAUGAUCUUCGAGUUUGAAUCCACAGCGGUCGAGCACUUUGAGGCUUUGCACGCCUCCCAAUUUCGGUGCAGUGACUGCGAGCAAGACUUCGUCAGCGAGCAUGCUCUGAAUCAACAUCUUAACGACAAGGUCCACCGAAGGAUACCUUGCCAAAUAUGCGAGCAGGACUUUGGAAGCAAGCCAGCGUUGGACCGACAUAUCGUGGUAGAGCACCAUGCUUCCGACAAUCCAGAGAGGGUUUUUUACUCCAGAGAUGCCCACGGUUGCUACAUUUGCCAACGAACAUUCGUCAAAAAGAACGACUUGGAUUAG